AUGGCUACCCAAUCGUCCUCCCAAGGUUUGCGUAGCAGCACCAAGAGUCGUGGGAGAAGGAGGACUUGCUUCUGUGGAGAGAGACCGGUGUUGCGCACGUCAUCUACAGCGGAGAACUCAGGAAAAAGAUUCUGGGGCUGCGUCAACUUUCAGAUAGGAGAUGGAUGCGAUUAUUUUGCUUGGGCAGAGCCUGAAGGACAAGAUCCACAAAUUCAAAGACUGAAGAACAAAGCAAGCUCGUUGAAAGAAGAAUUGCAGAAAGCUGAAAGGAAAUUUGCAUUGGCACUUGGUGUUGGAAUUCUUGGAUGGACAAUGGCUGGGCUGCUGCUAUAUGGUAUCACUAAAAUCUACUAUGUUCUUCAUCCCAAUGCCUUCCAGGCCCUAGGUGGUGUUUUUGCCAUGAACCUCAAGGUCCUCCUUGAUGGGCUAGUGACUGUUGCUGUUGAUGGUUGUGGUUGA